CAUUUUACUUUUUCAUCAGUAAUUUUUUAAAGAAAUGAGCGAAACUAUUGCAUGGAUCGAAUGUCGUAUUUAUGACAAAAAUCACUUCACUGCUCGUUAUCUGGCACAUUUGGCAGAUCUCUCAGGCAUGCAACCAGUGACAAUUGCAAAAAUACUUUGUGGACUCUUAUUUACCAUUUUGACUCUCACUGAUCAGGCUCAUUUCUUUGCGAACUCAACUCUUAUCGGAAUCCCUCUUCUCCUCAUAUUCGUGUAUCCUGACGAAAAACCAAGCGAUGAAUCGUUUUUCAUUUAUUUUCCUAUUUUUGGUGGAAUAACACUUUUCGAUCGUUCAUUGGAGGGUAUUCCGUGUUACUACGUACUGAAGCUUCUCUUCCUUUUAUUUUUCUUCAUGCCACCUUACACUGUGUGCCAGAUAAUCGCUAAUGGUUUAUUUAUUGAAAAAGAUGUUGAAAAUUCGAAUAAAUCUCGAAGGGAUUCUAUUGCAAAAAGUCAUUCAAUGAGAACUGCAAUCUCUGAGGGUCCUUCUCCAAAAUGUGAUGUAGCAACAGACACAACUCAAAUUACAUUUACCCCAUCACCAUUGCCAAUUCCAUCUGAACCUAAAAGUUCCGAUAUAAAAGUGACAGUUAUUGAAGAAUAUUACAAAGAGGAAGAACUUCUUUCUCCAAAUGGAUCCGUUAUUGAUCGAGUUAUUACUGGACCAUUCCGCAAAGAAACUACAAGAACUGAGAGAAAAAAUCAAAAGUAAAAUUGAAAUCGAUCUUCUCUUUGUUUUUAAUUUUUGCAUUCACCAUUUCUUUCGAUUUACUUAUUUUCUUCAGUGAUAUUCCAAAAUAAAGAUAUCCAGUUUAA